UAUUCUAGAUGGGUACAAACAGGAUCUUUUUUAAGUCAUUCUCUUAUUAUAACUCUAUCAUGGAACUUAGAAGGUACACGUCUCUUAACAGGUGGAUCAACCAUUCAGUUGUGGAAAGAAAAAUCUCCGGAGGAAUUUGAAGAGGAAGCAAACAGUGUUAAGUUUAUGAUUGGUGGAUAUGAUCGUGAAAUGAAAACAGCAUCAAGUGGAACCGUUGAAGAUAACUCCACUUCAUGGGAAAAUAUAUGGAUAUGUCAAACAGCAAUUCCAAUAUAUCAUUUAGCAUUUAGUCCGGAUGGAACAUUAUUUGCAACAUGUGGUCGAAAUGACAGACUUGUGAAAAUUUGGUAUGAAAACAAACAAGUAUUAUUUCCAUCAACAAAUUCUGGAAAAAAAGCAUUUACAAAUGAUUUUGACCUUAAAUUUACAUAUGUGUACAUUGCACAUCCGCGUGCUGUAACUAAUAUAGCAUGGCGUAAGACAAGCAAGUACAUGCCAAAGGGAUCUGUUUCAAACAUGAUUGUGACAUCUUGUUUAGACAAUAUUUGCCGUAUUUGGAUUGAAACUGUAUUACCUGAUGAUGGUCUUGUUAAUAUGACCCAAUUUGAUCCUUUAGCAUCGCAAAACCCGAAGUUUAGAACUCAUCGGCACAAACAUCGUUUUAUGCAGAGGCUCAAACAUAUGAAAACUUGUUUUCAUAUAAGACGGCAUGCAAAAAUUGGAAACUCGUCUGUAAAUACUUUGGAAGAUGUUUUUCAUGGAACCAUACCAUCUCUGCCUUCGUCAUGCAGCGUUCAUGAUUUUCAUUCUUAUGGAUUUCAUGGAACUGGAAUAUCGCCUGGUAUGCAUUUUCAUUUGGCUGCAUCUAUUAAUGCUGAAACUGAUAUUCCACUGGUUCCAUCAAUGAAGUCUACAGAUCCGUCAAAUCAGAAUAUAUUUAUUCUUCAUUGGUUAAAUAAUAAAGAAAUGCAUUUUUCCAUUCAAGCUGAAGCAAUUUUGCAAGAACUAACAAAAAAAGUAAUAGACGAAGAAAACGGAAAUAUUUCUGUUAAUCACUUAUCUGAACAAUCUGAUUUUGAUAUAUGUUACAUGAAAGCGAAACAUAUCAAAACGUCAUCCAAAUCUGUGUCAGUGGAUGAUGGAAAUACAUAUGAAAAUGUAAUUAAUAGUAAACAAUCUGUUUACCAAAGUGCUCCAAGCGGUGUGCAGAGUAUAAACACUAUAUCAAAUACAACAUCUCUUAAUUCAUUGAAUAAUGAACACAGUCAUUUAGCUAAUCCAUUCCAAUCAGAUUCUUUGGAUAUGAAAAUUGAUUGUCUCUUAAAAGAUUGGCAUCAAAGCCCAGAUUUAUUGUUUUCUAUUCAUCCAGUUGACGGCAGUUAUCUUAUUUGGGUUAUAGAAUGGUUAGAUGAUUUUCAUCCGGGUUUAUUUCGGCAAGCUCAAAUAUCAUUUUCUACCAGAAUUCCUUCCGCUUUUCCACUUGGCGAUUCAAUGUCAAUGUCAACAACAGUAAAUCUAUAUAAUACGGGUUUUCAUCAAUUGGUAUUUAGAGAAAUAGGUAAUAAUGUAAAAAGCAAGAAUGUAGAUGCAAAUGAUAUAGAAAAAGCAUCCAUUAAAGAAGAAGACCAUUCUAUAAUAGAUUACAGUAAGGAUAAUAAAGCUGACUGUGAUAAAUCAAAUGAAACUAUUGGUGAACAUCAAAAUAAUAUACAAACAACAGCUUCACCAUCGGUUUCAAUGGUAACUAAACAUUCAAACGGCACGCUUAAUUUAUGGCAACUUACUUUUGGGCUUAAAACUAAAUUUACUCAGGUAUUAAGUAUUGGACAUAUUUGUCGUGCAUCUGGUCAUAGGUUUAGGGUAAAUGAUAUAACUUGUCAUCCAGGUUUGCCCUUAUUAGUCUCAACUUCUCAUCAUAAUUUGUCAGAGCCAGAAAAACAAAAUAGUUUUGAAAAUCAAUUUUUGGAAAAUCAGAACAUGUUAACUUGUUUAGGAUUUUGUUCUGAGCUCAUAUUAUGGAGAGUUGACUCUGUUGGACCAUUGUGUUACUCUGGUGGACUUAGUGAGUUGGCUAGAAUUAAUUCUCCCGAAAUUUCUGCAUUUAGUAAUGUUGCAUGGAUUCCAACAUUAUUACCUAGUACUACUUUAGGUAGUUACAGUAAUUCUCCAUCAGCAUGUUUUGUAGCUAGUGACGGAGAACAUUUACGUGUAUAUCAAGCAGUAAUUGACGCUCGAACUUUAUUAGCAGAAAUAUCUACUUCUGAAAAUGUCUUACAAAAAUCAAAUUCAUUGGCUUCACUUUAUUCCAAUGCAUCAUCAACAAUUAAAAUGCAAAAAUCGAAAUUGCAUGAUAAAAUUAAAGUAGUCUCUCAGCAAUCUACAUCUCGACCUGGUUGUAUUAUUCAAUUAGAUCCAAUUUCGGAUGCAAAGCACGAUUGGCAAAACACACAAUUUCUACAUGUUUUUCAAGAGCAAUUAAUAACAGGAGGAAAAUCUGUAACGAAAUACUUAAACAAUAGUCAGGGUCUUCUAGAAGCAGAUUUGGAUGCUAUUGUAGAUUUACAUGAAAAUAAUGAGUUUGAAGAACCAUUUUUUAUUGUUAUUAUUGAAAAAACGAUUAAGGGGAGUACAAUUCAUGUAUGGCAAAUUACAAUAUCUUCAAAAUUAGAAUCUUCGUUUUUAUCUGAAUCAGCUUUGUAUGUACCUGAUAGUAAUUUAACACAAGAACUUGAAGAUAGCGAAUUAGGUUUCCGCAGAACGUCAUCAGCUAAUGCAGCAUUUGGAUUUCGGCCUUUUACUCAUUCUGAAGUUCACAUAUCAAUAAAUACAAAAAAAGUUUGUACGCAAGACCUUCCUUUGCCUGAAGGAGUUGACGUAAUUCAUGCUUCUCCAGCGGCUGGCCAUUUAAGCUCUUCUUCCAUAUAUCCAGCAUGUUAUGCGCCUUACAUAAUUGUAACAGCCUGUUCAGACUCAGUUUCUCGAUUUUGGAAAUGUGAGCCUGUAGCAGAUACAGAUAUAAAUGACACAAAUUUAUUUAUAUGGUCAGAAUGGAAAAUGAUAAGUAAACAACAAAGUUCAGCUAUAGAAAUUUCUGGUCAACCAUUAAAUAUAAGUGUUGCAUACUCGGGUCGAAUAGCUUGUGCUUAUAAAUAUGGAAAAAGCUUCACACGACCCCUAGGAGGGGAUUCUGAUUCUAGGUACAUAAAUUUAUGUGUUGCAAUUUACGAAUGUGAGAGUUCAGGCGGAAGUGAAUGGGUGCUUGAAGACACCAUAUACUUAAAAAAUAUAAACUUACCUCGAAUUAAUAUUGAUUAUGGAAUUGAUUUGAGUUACCUCUAUGAUAAUCGUUUGAUUAAAAAACGUCAUAGAUUAAAUCAAGUUUUACACACAUUAACUCAUGAUGAUACCAGGGUAGCAAAUAGUGAGGAUACCACAUCCGAAUCAUCUAUUAAAUCACCCACAGGUCUUUUAGCUGUACCAAGCUUCAGCACAUUGCAAUCAUUAAAAAAAAAUAUUGCAGAAAAUGGAAAUACUUGUCCUCUUACACAAAAACAUUUAGUUCAACUUGAUUGGGUUUCGAAAGAAGAUGGUUCACAUAUUUUGACGGUUGCAGUCGGAAGUAAAAUAUUAUUGUAUACUCCUGUUUCAUCCGAUAUCGCACAAGCAAAUAUAAAGGCCAUGAAAGAAUCGAGGUCAGUUAAUCGUCCUAUUUUGCGGAAAGCAAGCUCACUAGCACAACCAAAAUUUAAUGAAAUUCGUUGGAUGAAACUGCGGCAAAUUGAUUUACAAACAGCUGAUGGUCUUCCCCCGCUACCUAUGCAAAUAUCAUGGGUACGUGAUGGAAUUUUAGUUGUGGCUAUGGAUUCAGAAAUGCAUGUUUAUUCGCAGUGGAAACCACGAAAUGCCAAAAUAAAUACUACUAACGAUACUGUAGAUAGUAGAAAUAUAUGCGACGAUGACUUAAGGUCAUUAGUUUCAGAUUCUACUCAUAUACGGAUUAAAACUCCAUCUACCAUAGCUUUAAUAAAUAAAGCUAGUACUACGAACUUGAAAUUGCUUUCUGGUGAUAAAAAGAAAAAGUUUGGUAACACCAGUUUUGGUAAUAUAGUCUGUAGUUCUGAUAACAUACCAAGCGAAGAUUAUAUGACCGACUUUGGGCUUUUCCAAGCAUCUAGAAUUGCUUGCCCAGUGUUGCCACAAUAUCAUCCUAAACAGUUAAUGGAACUUUUAAAUUGUGGAAAAAUCAGAUGGGUGAAAGCUAUUUUAGCUCAUCUUGUUCGGUGUAUGAGUGGAACAAAUAAUGAUAAAAUGGAAUCUGAACGUCAGCGGUCUUGGUCCAGAACUCGAACAUUAUCUAUAAGUUAUGCCAGUGAUGGAAGUUUGCAAACUGAACAUAGAAACUCAACUACGCAGAUGCCUGAAGAAUUAAUGCUAGACUAUGCGGAGAUCACUUCAAUUCCUCCUUUGCCAUUAUGGGUGUUACUAAAUGCAGAUAAAGAAAAUACAGGUCAAGCAAAUUUAAAUUCUGAUGUAUUGAAUGAUUAUGAUGAAUUAUUUGAAAUGAAUCAUUCGGAUGAUAAUUUAGAUGUGUUGCUUGAAAACGAAAAUGAUCAGAGAAAAUUUGAUAGAAAAUUAUCAAUUCCAGAAAAACAAAAUAUUUCACAUUUUGGUCCGCGACAAGGUCAAUUGUUAUCACGUCUUUUAACACAUUCUCAUUUACCUGGCUUAUCUUCAUUAGAUCAAAUGCAUUUACUAGCAUUAGCUGAUACUGUAGCUACAUGUAAUACUGAUUUUACGGAAAAAUUGAUUCCUGAUAAUGGCAAAAAUAGUUUAAUAAAAGAAACAGUUACCAAAUCGACUGAAUCCCUCGAUGAUUGCGGUUUACGUUUUUUAUUAGCAAUGAAACAGUAUACAUAUCUCUUACGUUGUUUAUCAUUAAAUCAACGUGUUCAAUUUCAAAAGCAUGGAAUAGGAACUUCAAAUAUAGUAUGGGCAUUUCAUUCCGAAAGUGAAGAAGAAUUAUUAAAUUUAAUACCUUCAUAUACCAAAGGCGAUUUAAAAUGGUCAAUUCUUAAAGAUCUUGGUGUAGGAUAUUGGACUAGAAAUAUAAAUAUUUUAAGACAAUGUGUUGAGAAAUUAGCAAAAUGCGCUUAUCAAUCAAAACAGGAUCCACUUGAUGCAGCAAUUUACUAUUUAGCUAUGAAAAAAAAAUCAAUUGUUUGGGGUUUAUACAGAUCUAAACGAGACGAAAAAAUGACCAAAUUUUUUGCUAAUAAUUUUUCUGAAGAAAGAUGGCGAAAGGCAGCUCUUAAAAACGCAUUUGUUUUACUUGGAAAACAACGAUUUGAACAUGCAGUUGCAUUUUUUUUGUUAGCAAAUUCCUUGAAUGAUGCUAUUGAAGUUUGUUUAAAUAAACUUGAUGACUUUCAAUUGGCUUUAGUAAUAUCUCGUUUGUUUGAAGGAGACGUAGAUAUAAGUUUGGAGUCAACGUAUCGCAAACUUCUUUGUGAGCAAAUUUUAGGUUGUGAUUCAGAGUGCAAAUACAUAGAUAUAGAUAAAGCGCAUCCUGAUCCAUUUUUACGUUCUAUGACUUAUUGGAUUCUAAAAAAAUAUCAGGACAGUUUAAAUACUUUAUUAUUGAAUGGUGUUGGGUCAAAGCACUGUUAUUGUAAAGAAGAAGAAGAGAUGCUAAGAUCAGAAAGUACUGUAACUAACCCAAACGUAUUUAAUUUCUACAUUUACUUGCGAACGCAUCCACUACUUGUACGACAAAAUAUUGCAAUAUCUGCAACAGAGCAAAAAGUUUCCCAUGUUGUUUUGUCUGGCUUUAGUUAUGCUGCGGAUUCGAAUAUUUCGAGUGAAAAUAAUAAACAGUUACAUAUUGAAGAUUCAAUAAAUCCAACUGAAAGACAACUAUAUUUUACCACAGCGCAUGCUCAUUUUAAAGCUGGAUGUCCAGCAUUAGCUUUAGAAGUACUGAAUAAAUUGCCUACAAAAAUUAUGGACACUGCUCUUAAUAAUGAAAAGCCUUCCACUGAUGAUAAAAAAAAAACUCUUAUAAGCACUGGUAUAAUUGAAUGGGAAUUGGCAUCAGCUCCAAAAGAACAAAAUGUUAGUACCUUAGAUUUUGAUUGGAGUACUCCUGUUUCAUUUACAGAAUCUGACAUAAAAUUUGAUGCUUUUUGCAAUGAUGAAUAUAAAAAAGAAGAUGAUAUUGAAACAGAAACAAUUAAAACCAAUAUGAAUAAUAAUAAAUGUAUAAAUGAUAAUAAAAUUGAUAUUAUGGCGCAACAACUAAAAUUUGUUGCUUGUCUUAAAAUAUUAAUGGAAGAAUUAUCUACUCUAGCAACUGGAUUUGAAGUAGAUGGAGGCCAAUUGCGAUAUCAACUUUAUAUAUGGUUGGAAAGAGAAGUAGAUGCGUUAAAACAACUUUGUAAUUAUUGCAGUUCCAAUAAUAUUGAGAUUGAUAACGUACAGAUGUCUGAAUUAAAUGAAAAAGAUCAAAAUUCAACAUGUAUUCUUUCCGAAAAGCCUUCUCUGCAUGAGAUUCUUAUGCAAGAAAGAUACGAUUUUGAAGCCAAGGUCAAACGUGCUGCUAAAAGAAAGAGGUGGUUAAAAGCAAACGAGACUUUAUUAAGAACUUUACUUAGUUAUUGUUCACUGCAUGGAGCAAGUGGAGGUGGAUUAGCUUCUGUACGAAUGGAACUUGUACUACUUUUACAGGAAUUACAACAAGAGAAAACUCAACAACAGUUAUUAAGUCCACUUCCCUUUCCGACCACUUUACCAUUAUUAAGCGCAUGUGUUGCAGGAAAUAAAACUGUCAUAGCAGACCCAAUAAAAUAUUUACAAUCGCUGACAGUUGAUAUGCUUCAGGGAAUUAUAAACUCGUCACCCUUUCCUAAAUCACAAUCAAAUACUUAUUGUGAAAUAUUUGUAUUACGCGAUUUAGCUGUUGCUUUAUCAUCUUGCAUAUAUCAAUCACUUUGUGACUCAGAAAGUUUUGUAGUGAAAAAUCCGCUAUCAAACCGAUUCCUAAGUCCAGGAAUAGAAAAUAUUGCAAAACUUAAUUCUUCUUUUGAAUGUUCUCAUCUUAUAGGAAAUACCAAUAUUUAUAAUAAGAAACGAAAAUAUUCAUCAGAUGAUGCAAUUUUUGUGUGCACCUCUCCACCAAAAUGGCCUGGAGUUUCAAAUUUAAGAGCACUCUUAGCUAGAGAAAAGGAUGAUGACCUACCAAGACUAAAUAUUUUACUAAUGGAAUCAUUUGUUGCUACGUAUAUGUCAUUGAUAAUUUAUGCAUUGGCCACAUGUGACAGUCGUAUUUUAUAUAGACUUAUUGGUCAAAUAAUUUCAAAUGAAACUUGGUCUAUAAUAUUUGGUGGCGGAACAAAAAAGUUAUUAAGAAAAGCCACAAAAAAAAAUCAGAAUAUUCCAACCAUUCCAGUAAAUCAGACAGAUACUAUAACAGAUGAUACAAGUGUAUGGAAUAAUGUUAUUAGGGUGAAACUAAAUAUGAAACUUUUGGGUUCAUUUGGAAAUAAUAAUACAUCUAAUAGUAUGAAGGAAGAUAAACCAACUUAUCGUGAGCAGUUUGUUCCACCAGAAAUGUCAAUGUUGUCAUAUCUUCUCUCUAAACCAAACAAUUCCGAUUACACUGAUUAUGAUACAGAUGAUGAAAUUGAAUCUGAAAAUGAUGAGGAAGAAAUCGAUUUUGCUUUAAAUGUGAGUAACACAAAACAAAACCGAAAAAAUAACACGGAACAUUCGAAUCCUUUUUCAUUUUCUUGGAGUAUUCUCAGACUAGCUGUUAUUAAAUUAGUCUCAAAAAGAAUUCAAGAUUUUGUGCACACAGCUGGGACGGAAAUUCAAGAUUUACCAGUAUUAAGUCCUAUUAUUCAUGAAACUUUACGAACUUUAAAUCGAUGGCAAAAUUAUGCAACUGAAAUAUUGGCUAACAAGGGUACGCUGCCUGAUAAUUUCAUACCAGGCUGCUUUGUAGAAGAUAGCAUACAUAAUUUAGAAAUUCAUAAAUACAAAACUUUAUUGAAUACACAAAAUACACCAUUUGUAUCAAAUUCUUCUGCUGGCCCUAUUCGUCGUUUAUGGAAUUUGUUGGUUCGGGAAGAAUACGUUCAAGAUAUAUUUAUAAAAAUUAUAUUCCGAAAGAAUAUCGAUAAACAAGCAAGAUAUAAAGUUUUCGACAAUGGUACUGACGCAGAAUCCUUGACUGUAGUAAAUGAAUGUGAGCCUAUACGAAUUAUACAUAAAGACCAUGAAUCGAUAUUUGCUUUUUGCUUAAACAAUGACAAUUCCGGCAUAAUUGCUAUAGCUAAUCCAAGAGAAGUCCAAGAAUUCGAUAUAUCACUUCUCUUGGAAUCGCCAAGUUGGUUUGAAGAUGAAUGCGAUUAUGAUGUGCUAAAUAUUUCAAAGGACCAGGAGCAAGUACCUACGCCAGCAUUUCUUGUAGUCCAGCCUACAGAACAAGUGACCUUUGGAUCCAAUAAAAUAUCUGAUAUAUCUACAAUUAAUUCAUCGCAAUCUGGACGUGGAACUACAUUAAUGUUGAAACGUAAGAUGGAUAAUAUAAAAAGAAUGAGUGCUCAUCCCAUUAUGCCACUUUAUUUAACUGGAGGUCAAGAUGGUUCUGUACAAAUUUGGGAAUUCGGUCAUCAGCAAACUAUUUGUACUCCAAGACCUUCAGGAACUUUUGCAAAAGUUACACGCUGCAGAUUUUCCGAACAAGGGAAUAAAUUUGGAGUAGGCGAUGGGGAUGGUAAUUUAAGUUUAUGGCAAGCUGGAAUAGCCUCUCAGUGUAAUCGCUCGUUUUUCUCGUACCAUUGCCACAACAAAAUGCUGUCAGACUUUGUAUUUUUAGGAUCAUGCAGUCUACUAGCUACCGCCGGACAAAGUUCAGAAAACAAAAAUGUGAAUAUAUGGGACACUUUGCUGCCGCAGAAAAAGUCCUGCGUAUCAGCAUUUACUUGUCAUGAUCAGGGAGCUUCUAGUGUAAUUUUUGCUCCACAGCAUCAGCAACUAAUUUCUUGCGGCAAAAAGGGGGAUAUAUGCAUUUUUGAUAUUAGACAACGAAGUUUAAAGCAUCGUUUUCAGGCUCAUGAUUCUGCCAUCAAAUGCAUUGCCUUAGAUCCACAUGAAGAAUUUUUUGCAACUGGAUCAAUAGAAGGAGACGUAAAAAUUUGGAGCCUUAAUCAGUAUGCAUUGCUAAACAGUUUCGCUGCAGAACACGCUAAAAAUAGUUUUUUUAAACAUAUGAGCCAAGGCGUAAGUCAGAUUUAUAUUGAUACCUUUGGCCGAUUAUACUCGUGUGGAUCAGAUGGAUGCAUGAAAGUUAGACAACUUGUUGAAAAAGAUACUGUUGUUCAAUCAAUUUAUUAAUUAGUUCAAUUUAAACUGUUGAAUAUAUGUAAUCGUUAAUAAAAAAAUCAUCAUUAUUGUGACACAAAUAACA